GUUGGAGCAUUAUUGGUUGGAAAUUUUGUGUGGGCUCACAAAUAUUAUAAAAUUACGCCAUUACUAGCUGUAUUGAAACAAAACAAAAACCGGUGGCAUAAUUCCGAGACAUAAAGUAUAUAAGUGUUAUUUGAAGAUACACAGUGCAAACCCCACAUUUCUUAGUGCACGUUGUCCGGGUGUUGUCUUUUCGCGGUAGAUGUGCUGUCUCAUUCGUUCGUUUAUUCUCUUAUUCGCCUUGUUCGUCGUAAUUGUACGUUGCUUACGGCACGAUUAACAUAAUUUAUUUUACGGAUUGAUUUACUUUAUUUAUUGUUUUUGUAAAUCCUUGCUGCAGCAAUAGUGAUUUUUUUGACAAAUGGCCACAAUAGAUGGACGACCGACGCAAUAUGGGAUAUCUCUUAAACAGUUACGGGAGCUUAUGGAGCAUCGUGGCAGGGAAGGCGUAGUAAAACUUAGCGAAGUAGGCGGUAUCAAUAAAUUGUGUGACAAAUUAUAUACAUCCACAAACGAUGGCUUGAGAGGAUCAAGGUCUGAUAUUGAACAUAGGCGCGAAACGUUUGGUUCAAAUGUUAUCCCACCGAAACCACCAAAAACUUUUUUAACAUUAGUUUGGGAAGCGCUACAGGACGUGACACUUAUUAUUUUAGAAGUAGCUGCUUUAGUUUCACUUGGAUUAUCCUUUUACAAACCCGCCGAUGAGGAUGCACCCGUACUACAAGAAGAGGAGGAUCAUCACGGUUGGAUUGAAGGUCUAGCAAUAUUGAUAUCGGUCAUUGUUGUAGUAUUUGUGACAGCGUUCAAUGAUUAUUCGAAAGAGCGUCAAUUUCGGGGACUGCAAAAUCGUAUUGAAGGUGAGCAUAAAUUUUCGGUAAUCCGCGGAGGAGAGGUGUGCCAAAUAUCUGUUGGUGAUAUCGUUGUCGGCGAUAUUGCGCAGAUAAAGUACGGCGACUUGUUGCCAGCCGACGGUAUACUUAUACAAAGUAACGAUUUAAAGGUCGAUGAAUCUUCUUUAACGGGUGAAUCAGAUCACGUUAAGAAAGGUGUAGACGUAGAUCCCAUGGUUCUUUCGGGUACACACGUUAUGGAAGGUAGCGGGAAAAUGGUGGUAACUGCUGUGGGUGUAAAUUCUCAAGCAGGUAUAAUAUUCACGCUAUUGGGUGCUGCCGUUGAUGAACAAGAAGCUGAGCUGAAAAAGCGGAAAAAAGAAGCUAAAAAGGCGAAAAAGCAAAGCAAGAGCUUAACAGGUGUUGAUGAUGGCCGGGCGCCCAUGAAAAACAUGUCCCCACCACCAACAGAUGGUUUAAAAUCUGAAUCCGAUGGUAAUCACAUUCAACAAGCUUCAUCCCCAGCUGAAGCAAGUCAUAAAAAGGAAAAGUCUGUUCUGCAAGCGAAAUUGACAAAGUUGGCUAUACAAAUUGGUUAUGCCGGUUCUACAAUAGCUGUAUUAACUGUUAUUAUACUAGUUAUCCAGUUCUGCAUAAAGACUUUUGUUAUUGAAGAAAAACAGUGGAAAAAUACGUAUGCAAACAAUUUGGUUAAACACUUGAUUAUUGGCGUCACCGUAUUAGUAGUAGCAGUUCCAGAAGGGUUGCCAUUAGCUGUUACACUGUCGUUAGCAUAUUCCGUGAAGAAAAUGAUGAAAGACAACAACUUAGUGAGACAUUUAGAUGCUUGUGAAACCAUGGGUAACGCCACUGCCAUUUGCUCGGACAAGACUGGUACUCUUACAACAAAUCGAAUGACUGUCGUUCAAUCUUAUAUAUGUGAAAAAUUGUGUAAAGUUCUUCCCACUUUGAACGAUAUACCGCAACAUGUAGGCAAUUUGAUAACAAUGGGUAUUUCAGUGAACUCAGCUUACACAUCGAAUAUCAUGCCUGGCCAAAAUCCUGGAGAUCUACCAAUACAGGUAGGCAAUAAAACUGAGUGCGCUUUGUUAGGAUUCGUUCAAGGUUUAGGAGUUAAAUAUCAGUCGAUUCGUGACGAAAUUACUGAAGAUAAGUUUACACGAGUAUACACAUUUAAUUCCGUUCGCAAAAGUAUGGGCACAGUCAUUCCUCGUCCAAAUGGUGGAUAUCGUCUAUUUUCAAAAGGAGCUUCUGAAAUAAUGCUUAAAAAGUGUUCUUUUAUUUAUGGCCACGACGGAGUUUUGGAAAAAUUCACUCGCGAUAUGCAAGAGCGACUCAUACGAGAAGUCAUUGAGCCGAUGGCUUGUGAUGGCCUUCGUACAAUUUCCGUUGCUUAUCGUGAUUUUGUACCUGGCAAAGCAGCUAUAAACGAAGUUCAUAUUGAUGGCGAACCAAACUGGGAUGACGAAGAGAAUAUUAUGACUAAUUUGACAUGCUUAUGUGUUGUAGGAAUUGAAGAUCCCGUCCGUCCCGAAGUUCCUGAUGCUAUACGUAAGUGUCAGAGAGCUGGCAUAACUGUCCGUAUGGUUACCGGUGAUAACAUAAACACUGCACGAUCAAUCGCUUCUAAAUGUGGUAUAUUGCGACCAAACGACGAUUUCCUCAUUUUAGAAGGCAAAGAAUUCAACCGUCGAAUUAGGGACAGUAAUGGAGACGUUCAGCAACAUUUACUUGAUAAAGUGUGGCCCAAGCUUCGAGUGUUAGCGCGUUCAUCACCAACAGACAAAUACACCCUUGUUAAAGGUAUUAUUGACAGCAAAGUAAGCGAAAACCGUGAAGUCGUCGCUGUGACUGGUGAUGGAACUAAUGAUGGUCCGGCGUUGAAGAAAGCUGACGUAGGCUUUGCAAUGGGGAUUGCUGGCACAGAUGUGGCAAAGGAAGCUUCUGAUAUUAUAUUAACAGAUGAUAAUUUCAGCAGUAUUGUGAAGGCAGUAAUGUGGGGGCGGAAUGUGUACGAUUCAAUCGCUAAAUUUUUGCAAUUUCAAUUGACAGUGAAUGUCGUUGCCGUGAUUGUUGCAUUUAUUGGCGCAUGUGCAGUCCAAGAUUCACCACUAAAGGCUGUUCAAAUGCUGUGGGUAAAUCUUAUUAUGGAUACUCUUGCAUCCUUGGCCUUAGCAACUGAACUUCCAACACCAGAUUUGCUUUUACGUAAACCGUAUGGUCGUACUAAACCUUUGAUAUCACGCACAAUGAUGAAGAAUAUUUUGGGACAAGCUUUGUAUCAGCUAUUUAUUAUAUUCGGGCUAUUGUUUGUGGGAGAUUGGAUACUUGAUAUUGAAUCCGGGCGUGGGCAAGACCUUGGUGCUGGACCUACACAACAUUUUACUAUAAUUUUUAAUACAUUCGUAAUGAUGACUUUGUUCAAUGAGAUAAAUGCAAGAAAAAUACAUGGACAGAGAAAUGUAGUAGAAGGUUUAUUCACUAAUCCGAUAUUUUAUACAAUAUGGAUUUUCACAAUGAUUUCUCAGGUUGUUAUUAUACAAUAUGGUAAAAUGGCAUUCUCCACUAAGGCACUAUCUCUUGAUCAGUGGUUAUGGUGCAUAUUUUUUGGUAUUGGUACGUUAGUAUGGGGUCAAUUAAUCACUUCAGUGCCUACAAGAAAAUUGCCUAAAAUUUUAUCAUGGGGUCGUGGACAUCCUGAAGAAUAUACUGAUGCUAUGCAUUUGGGAGAAGAGCGCUUUGAUUCCAUUGACUCAGAUAAGAAACCCCGUGCUGGUCAAAUACUAUGGAUUCGAGGACUGACGCGUUUACAAACUCAAGUUUCAUCAACAGAGAGGGCUGCAAUCAUGGCAGCAGUGGAAAACCUUUUUUUUUUGGGCCGCCGGAGAUCGCUUGUCAUUUCAAAAAUAUUUAAUAUUUUCUUUCUUUUUGUGUACUCUUAAAACAUGUAUAAAUAUACCCUCAAAAUUUUAAAACGAUUGAUUGACUAGUUUUUUUUUUGAUCUCAAAAAAUGCCUUCUUUUUACGCUGUCACACUAGGUGUGCCCCUUAAACAAAAAAUAAUUAAAUUAAGCUCUUGAAUAUUACGUUUAAGAUUCUAAAUAAAGAAAUAUAAUAAUAUUAAUGUUAAUAGGAAAAAUGGACCUUACAAAGUCAUAGCUGACUGUGUAUGCAAACUUUUUCUAACUAGUGUAUAUGGUUUUUGCUUGUUAAUGAUUUUAAAACAUACAUACAUAUAAUAUCUCUCUCUUAACUUAUAAGUUUUGGUUGGUAAUCUUUUUUUAUCUUCUUUAGCAGCAUAAGGUCUAACUUUUUGCAGAUUUGCAUUUUCAAUAACCUGAUCUUGGUGACUCGAUUGGCCGUACAAUUCAUUGCCAACUGUACUAUUAAGGCAUCUGGCCACGACCUUUGACUGGUUUCGACGGCAGUUAACAUGAGUAUAUGUUCCACCUGCCCUUUUAUACUGUUCUCAUUUGUAGCAAUUAACUGUACCUCAUUUUUUUGCGAAGGACAACAUUCAUGGAAUCCUGAACUUCCAAACUUACAGCCCUGAUACUUUAUAAUUUGUGUAGGUAUACCAAAGAAACAAACGACGGCUUUGAUAUAACUUUCAGCGUAAAUGUAUAAAGUGUGAUGAAAAUAAACAAAUUUUGUAAAUGAAUCUGCCAGUACAAUUACGUACUCCUUUAAGUAAUUUUUUUCACUCAUUAUUGUCUAUAUGCACUGUGUUCCACGGAAUACCACCUUUAGAAUCGGGUAAAGGAAAGGAAAACAUUUGUUUUUACCGUUUCUUUGUAUUUUUCAAUAUUAAAAUCAUUUUCUCAAUUUAUAGGUUUUAUCUAAGUUCUUAGUUUAGCUGAUAACUUGACUACCGUUAUUCAGAUACUAGCCAAUUAUCGGUAACCUCAGUCAAUUCUAUCCGUUUUUCAACUAUUUUUUUCAUACAUUCUGUAAACCACGGAUUUCUUGUUAAAAAUCUACGUCUGUCAUUCAUAACUUUUCGUUAUGCUUUGAUCAACUAUCGUGCAUCGCAAUCUAUGCGAAAGCGAGCUGAUCAAUAAGCUCACACUAGCGCACAUACACAUGCACACUGUAUAAUGAGUUCCUAAUAAUUUUGGUCGCUUCUCAUUUUCCAUACAUUUAAUUUUUAUUUGUUACAAUCUUUCACCUACCUUUCAUUGCACAUUACAUUCAUUACUAUAAUUGAUUAGUAUUCCGAUUCGAAUCAACGUUCGGAUUCAGAUAAAUCAAUUUCGAAAUUACCAACCAAUCAUAAUUUUCACUAACACCAGUGCGCACGCAACUCAACUCUCAACAACUUACAACUCUUACUUUCGGAUUUCAUAACAUGAGUAAUGUCCCAUUUCGUUGCACUUAAACAUUGUAUAUUCGACCGAUAUUUCACUCCAGAAUUGCUGCUCCCUUUGUGAUUGUUUCCUUUUGCUGUCUGUUUCCUUUCCAGUCAACUAUGGCAUUCGACAAAUUUAUGGUCAAUCCUUUCUCAAUAGUGACAUUUAACUUGGAACUUGAACCUCCUCCGCCUGGGCCGGUUAUCCGCUUCUUAAAAGCGUAGGCCAGUUGUAGCUCAUUGCGGCUUGUUACAUUGGAGGUACAUACCCAGCAUAAUAAAUUGUCGGUUAACGCCAUGUGUGCCAACGCUACCGACACUGCGAUUUCCUUCAAGGUUUUAGUUUUUCACUUGGUUAAGAUUGCGAAUCAUAAUUGCGAUAACCAAUGUAAUGCGCUGCCGUCAAGCGCCUUGUUCAACGCACAAUUGUGUCGGCUUCUAGGGUAUUUUCAUCAAAAAUCAGGUCCACCGCUAUACACCAUGCAGAGCCAUCCGCUCCGUCAUUAUAGAAAUUGAACUUUAGCAAAGUAACGAUCUUGGUAUCUGCGUGGACUUGAUUACGUCCAUUAGAUUCGGGUACUGUUCUUCUAUCGCUGCGAGGAUUUGGCACGAAUCUUGAAUUGUAGGCUUAACCGAUCCCACUUCUGAUGUCGAGAAUUUUGUUCGUAGAUGAUUUCAUUUUUUUUUGUAUCAUUUUACACUUUUAUUUUACCUCCGCAACAGCUCCCCAAACCAUUACGCUGCCGCCACCGAGCUUCACAAUUGGGACUACGUUCUUUGGUUCAAGCGUAGCGUUAGUUUUCCUCCAAACUUGUGCCCUUUCAUCACUUCCAAAAAGAGUGAAUUUAGAAUCAUCUGUAAAUAAAACUUUUUUCCAAAAACCCAUUUCCUUUUCUUUGUGUUUUUUGGCGAACUUUAAACGAAGUUUCCGGUUCUUUCAGAAAUAAGAGGUUCCUUCCGUGGUGUUCUACUCUGGAAUCCGUUAUAGUUUAGAGUUUUUUUUAUUAUUAUUGGAUGGAUACUCUUUACUGUAUAACAAUGUACAAAGUAUGAGAUUCGAACUAUAUGUAGAUUUUUGUCAAAGCAAUUUUUGAGUUUUUCUUCCAUAAAUUUGUUGUUUUAUGUUAAAUAAUGAUUUUUUUUAGUUCAUUGUUAUUAUAAUAAAUAUUGGAAUAAAACUGUAUAAAUACAUUUUUUAAAAACUAUUUGUACUCUCAUAUCAAAGAAAAUAGGGGGUGUAUGUAGACUUUUGUCCGCCACUGUAUGUGUACACUGCCUUACAAAAUACAAGUACUACCGCUCCGACAUAUUUAAAAUGCGAAUGCUACAGUUAUUGCGAUACAAAUUUUUAUAAGUAAAUAUGAUAGUGUAUAUGCAUAUACAUACGUAUAUAUUGGGUUGUCAAAAAAGUGUUGCGGUAUUUUCGCUAGUUGGCGCUGAAAGCGCGUGGUUCUAGUUUUAUUCGUCGCAUCGGGUCAUGCUAUACCUUUUUGGAAAGCUCAUUUCACGCGCUAACACGUGUUGCUUGAUUGUCGUUUCUUUUAAGUCGUUCGCGAGUUAUAGCGUCGCAAACAUGGAGCAAAAUAAAGAGAAAAUACGGCAUAUUUUACAGUACUGCUACGAUAAAGGCAAAAAUGCAUCUAAAGCCGCCAAUAAAAUUUGUGCAGUUUAUGGACCCGAUACAGUUUCCAUUUCCACCGCACAACGAUGGUUUCAACGUUUUCGUUCUGGUGUAGAGGUGGUCGAAGAUGCGCCACGCUCCGGAAGGCCUGUCGUCGAAAAUUACGAUAAAAUCGCUGAACCGCAAGACUUUUUUGACAAUCUAUAUGUACAUGCGACUACGACUAUGUAUUUAUAAGUAUUAAAAAAAACUAAUUUUUAUUGUUCUUCUACGCUGCUCUACCUCAGCUGCUAUAUUAACUUUUUAUUUUAUUUUAUUGAAAUAUUUGGUCUUGGUCCAGAUCACCAGUAUGCCCGUUAGUUUUUACUACACAAUCACUUUAAAUUGUUACCGAAGAGCUCCGUUUUAGGCCAUACCGCUAGUAUGCGAAUAGUUUUUUUUAGUCCUAAAAUACGUUCACUUAUGAAUUUUUCCUAGGGGAAUCGCUCUUGGGGGAUCCAGGACGAGGCCCCAUUUGUAGAAUUUCGUGUUUAAAAUUAAAACUCUACUUUUUUUGAGUAUUUCAUAUACUUACCCUUUGAAAAUAUUUAAUACAAAUAUCACUUAAACAUUAUAUUGACACGAGUGUUUGCUGCCACGCACGGCGUCACAAUCAGGAAUAUUCUUAAUUCUUACGCUGUGGUAGACGCGAUGUAUUUAUUACCACCCACAAAAUUCUUGUAAUCCACUAUUCCAGGGAUGUGCACAUUUUUGCCCCAAAAGUUAGCAAAGUGCGCACUGGGGAUAGAUGAGGGGAAUAUCAGUGUACGGAGGGAAGGGCAUAAGAAGUUGCGAAAAAAAUCAAUUACAUUCCUCCGCAACUUAAUGUUCAUCGCAGAAUGCAGAGAUAAUGAGAUGUCCAACUCCUUUCUCACUGGAAGUGAGAGAACAAUUGCUAAAUAAAAAUUUAAAACAAUGAAAAUCAAAGAAAAUGCGAAAUUUAAAUAUAUUUCAUGAAACGUUUUGUAAUUUGAUGCAUAAUAGAAUUAAUUUUCUAUUACAAAUCGUUAAAAACAUUUAUUAAUUGAGAACUAACAGACUUAAUUCACCUUAUUAAGUAUUGGAAGAUCGAAAGUCAGUUGUUUUAAAAUACCAUAAAAUCAUAAAAAAGGAAUUAAGUAGUUUCGCCAUAUAUUAAAAGUCCAAUAUAUAAUAAUUUGCAAUCGUAAAUAAUGUUGGGUAUUUUAAUUUAAAAUGCCCAAAAAUUCUUAUUUUGUUCGAUCUGACCAUAAUGGAAAAUGUUAUAAAAAACGCUUAUUUUGAGGCGCUCUCACACUGGAAUAAGUUGGGCAUCCCAUUAUCCCUGGCAGAAUGGUUGCGGCAAUACUGACAUUGUACACAAAUUAAAGAGCGGAAGUUUACUUCAUAUCGGAAUUGUACAGUUGUGUGAACAAAAAGAGGUAAACAUAAUUUGCAGGGUUUAGAAAUUCGCAUUAAUAUCUUAUUAAUUUACCUUUGCAUGCUGGAAAUUCUAAUCACUGUUAGGGAAAAAAAUAUAUAAGUUAAACUUAUAUCUAAAAACAAUUUUAUUUAAUAAGAAAACAGCAUAUUUUAAAACUUCACAACACCUUAUGGUUGUUCCUAUUUAGUUCACACCACUGUACAUGUGAUAGAUCAGUUAAUGGUGGUGAUGCCAAUUGUAAAAAUUCAUUUUAGUUACAAUUGGGAAAACUUUUCUGAAGUUGUGGGCUUUUAUACGUACAUAUGCAUAUCUGCACAUACAUAUGUAUAAAAAAGAAAAGAUACUUAUGACAAUUAUAUAUAUUGUCUUUAAACAUAUUGCAGUUCCAUUUAAUGAAAAUGCUUAUAUAAAUAUAUGAUUUGUGAUAUUUUCAAUUUGGUUGUUUUAUCAAAAUAUUCAAAGAAUUUAGGUUUUUUUCUAUAAUUGUUUUGUUAAAUUUUAAAAAUCUAAGUUGCCUCUGGAAAUGUAUUAAAAUAAUAAUAUUCGCUAUAGAAAGGUAACACAUAACACAUAUUUUCAAAAAUAUAAGAAAUCAUCAAAUAAAUAUAUAUUUGCGCGGUAUGGCAUUAUUGAUUGAAAGUGGCUUAAAGUAAAAAGGGCAUACACGGGCACACUUGUGCGUUCGAUCUGUGUGAAUUCGUUUGCCCAUACACGACACACAAAUCCAUUUUGCGUUCGUUCUUCACACAGUUAACAUGUGCGACAGGCAAGCGGAACAUUUCUUCAAAUUUAUUUCUAAUGUAGCACUUUUAUCUAUUUCUUUGUAUUUCGUUAAUAAGUUAUUCCAACUUUUAUUUUUCUCAAUUUUAUUUUUAUAUUUAUCACUUUUCGUUUGCCAAAUUGCCAAUUAAUUUUUUAUAAGAUCAAUAAAUUCAGAUACGAAAUCUUUAUUAAGGGGAGAGCCUGCUUUAGAAGCUUCAAACGAUCGCUUAAAUCUCCUUAAAAAUUAUCUAACAACAAACAAAGUUAUAGAUUGGAAUAUUGUCGAAGCUAGAAGGGAAAUAGUGUCCGAGCGUCAGACAGAUACAUACAAGUAUACGAGCGCUUGGGCAAAAAGCGGAAAGCGCGAUUUCUCGGUUUUUUAUUUUUACGAUUAUUUUAAUUGGCGGGCAAAGUUGGAAUUGGGCAAAGUUUAUUAUCUUUGGUAUAAAAUUAUCUUCUAUUUAAACUAAAAAAACUAGGAAAAGUCAAGUUUGAACAUAUUUUUAAACAAAAUAAAGUAAAUUUUUUUUGGAAUUCUCUUAGUUUAACUAGAAGAUAAGUUAUUAAAAAACAUGAAUUUUUUUGUUCCUGAUAAAUGCAUAUGCGAGAUGCAUCGGGUAAUUGCUUCCUAAAGGCAGAAUAUCAAAGAUUUCUUAUUCAAAAAAUUUGUGAAAGAUGUUCAAAUAUAUGACUAUAAAGCCUAGAAAUUUCGCUUGAAUCAAUUAUUUCUUUCCCUUCCAAAAAAAUCCUCAAAAAAAAUGAUUUUUUAAAGCUUCUAAAGCAGCCUCUCCCCUUAACACUUGCAAUUGUCCGCGAUCUUCACUGCUCGACGACAUGAGAGAACUGAGAUUUUGUGCGCUCACAACGCCAUACACGAUAAACACGUUCGCGCACCGAUCGUAAAAAAUCAAACAUUUUCGUGAACAUGGAUCGGUACGCGAACAAGCCCAUACACGAGUAAACCGCAUGUUUACUAGUGAUGAGCGAUAUUUCACUACCGGUGAUUUUUUCACUGUGAUUGAAAAAUCGCAAAUCGCAACUGCGAUCACUUUUUAUAAAUAGCAGUUCGCUUCCAUGAACUGCGAUUGCGAUCGCAGUUCGAACCAGUGAUUGCGAUCGCAGUUCGAAACUGUGAUCGCAGUUCGAACCUGUGAUUUACGAUAGCAGUUCGAACCUGUGAAUUACGAUCACAAUAGCAAAUAGCAGAAAAGUAACAACUUUCUUCAGGGUAUUGUAUAUAUCGUAUAUGCUAUUUUGCGUCAUAGCGGUUUGAAGUUUUGAGUGUAACGUUCUUAUAAUUUUUAAUAAUGGCAGGAAAUGUAUCAAGGAAAAGAAUGAUGAUGUGUGUGUGUUUGAAGUGGUAGAUGAAAUAUAAUCAAAAUGGAAUAUUUUAAUUUGUUUUAAUAAAAUUUUUAAUUUUACUUAUUGUUAAAACUAAAUUUGAAAGCUUUUUGUGUUGAAAACAAGAAUUGUAACUAAUUAAUUUCAGAAAAAAUAUGGAAUAAAAAAAUUACGGGUUUUUAAUAUUUUCCCAAAGAUUAAGAAGCUCCCGUUAUUAAUUUGGUCUUGAAAAUAUUAUUAGCGGGUAUUCAAAACAUUCUGAUGGAUUAUGGAGUUUCUUUGAAAAUAUUAUGCUAUGCAAUAAGCUCUAAGUUUCAGUUAGCCGAACCGCUCCAACAUUUGCGAAAAUGUAGUGAAAAGAAAGGCGUAAAAACUUGACUCGAGUUACAGGAACCAAAAGAGAAUUUACCGCCAAUAACGACAAAAGGGUCAGUCGUUCCCACGACAGUCGGGUGUACGUAACUGGACGGGACCCGGACUUGUAUUCGGCCAAACACUGUCAAAUCGGCAGAAUCUGCCGCUACAACAACAACAACAACAAAAGGUCUCCGUUUUAACGUCGACUUAGUUGCGAUCUCAAUAGCAAUAUAAAAUCACAGUGAUUUAAAAAUAGCAAUCACUGAAAUCACAGUGAUUUAAAAAUCGCAAUAUCGCCCAUCUCUAAUGUUUACAACGACUGUUGACUGCUACGCAUGUAAUUUGUAUGUGCGCGCUGAUUAACAAUUUUGGUUCAAAACCAUGAAAAUAUUGAUUUUUCGUUUUUUCAUACAGCCGUUUAGGUGAAAACUUCAACAUAAAUUCAAUAUUUAAAAUUUUUUGAAUUUUAAUUUCUUUUUGACAGGUGAAUUGUCUUUAUUUUUGUAAUUGAUAAAAAAUUAAUAAGGAAUUUCAUUAAUUUCAGAAUUUUGUAAAAGUUGUCGAAUCACUUUCAAAUUUUUUUUAUAUUAAUUAAUACUAAAGUUUUGUAUUUUUUUUGGGUGUAGCAGCAAGCUCUCUCAUACUCCAACACAAGCACACAGUUUGGUAGUGUGCGUCUGGGCAUCACUGCACUAAGCACACAAAUAAAAUACAAACGGUAAUGGAAGAAACAUCUUCUCACUUCGCUACGAGCGGAAUUCGAACAAUGUUGCCAUUACUCAAUACGCAUAUGUAGUUUUUGUAAAUAAUAGCAUUCGAUUCUGAAUUUGAGUUAUUUUAAGAAAAUUUCAAAUAUAUUGAAGACAAUUUUUAUAAUUACUACAGUAUAUCGAGCCUGGCAACCCUGCGGAAAACCCCAAGUCGUUGGAAAUUUUACGAUUGGUUGGUGGUUGAAGGGUUGUUGGGUAAUUAUUUACAUGCCGCUCUCAUAAGAUUCAUUUGGUCAUAUGUGUUCGAAGAAACAGUGGUUCAUAAAUUGAAGUUAUUAUUGAAAUUACUUUUUAUAAGGAAGUUUUAAGAAAUAACCUGGUUUGAAACUUGUUGCUUCGAAAAUUGUAUCUAAAAUAAGAAGUAGGUUAUCUGAUUAAAAUUUUGGUACAAUAAUGCGUGUAGCUAUAGCAAAUGAAAUUAAACCAAACAUAUAAUUUAUUAUUUCAAAUAAACAAAAUUAAAUGCUGAUGUAAAGACAUUAAAAAAAUGCAUACUAAAAUUAAAUAUUUAUUAUACUUUUUUUACUUGUCUUACAUUUUAUAAAUUUAUAGUAGUUACAAAGAAACUUAAAAUUGUUAGGCAAUUUUACAGUUAUUACCCACAGUGCAACUUCCCAUAUAUGCGCGCGCUCUCAUAUGUUAACAUGGUGUGGGAAAAUACGUUGCUCUCAUUUAUAAAUAUGGAGUGGUAAAAUACGUUGCUCUCACUUCCCUCUUCAUGUUUGCCCGCGAUUAUCCCCUCACCCAGCCCACAAAAUGCGCACGGGCAAAAUGCCACUGAGGGCUAAUAUGCCCACCCCUGCACUAUUCGAUAUUCGAAUAGGUGGUUGCCAACUGUCUAAUAAUUAUUAUAAUUAGAAUUCUAUAAUACAUACAUAUAUACAUACCUAUGAGCAAAAAAUGGUUAGACUUUGUUCGUAAUCUUAAAAUACUAAAAGAAUAAAUUAUUCUUCACAAUGUACAUAUCGCUCAUUUGCUGCAAGACCGGCAUAGAUCAAAAAACGUGAUUUUUGAGUUAAUGCUGCAGAAUUGUUCGUUAUAUCAUACUUCAUGUUGAGUGAAAAAUUCAUAUGAAUACCUUUUAUAUGCUCCGCUUGAGAAGAGGUGUAAGGUUGGAGUCACCGUGUAAGGUUGUAGUCAGUUGAAAUCUUUAAGCGCGUUUUCUGGAAAAUCGAUUUUUUUGACUUAUGCCGGUCUUGCAGCAAAUGAGCGAUAUGUCGUCCUCCUUAAAGUCAACGUUUUCCAGUAAAACGAUUUCCUCCGCAGAGGCCAUUUGACUCACUAGAUAGCCAGAAGCCACACGAAGCUACAUACAUCAGGCGAAUCGAUAGUUGAAAA